UUUGCGAGGGAUAAACGAGGCAAGCACAGCGGCACAGAGGAUGAAUCCUGUUUGACAAGGCACAGCCCGGCAAAGAGCAGGAAGCCUUGUGGACCUCCGCCGAGACCCGGGAUCCGCCCAGCCGCCCCAGAGCUGGAGAGCCUGACCCCGCCGCGCCUGUCGCCCCCACUUCGUGGCAUGUUCCCCGAAGAGAGCCGGGGGUCCGGAGGGGUCGCAACGGUGGACUUCCUGGAGGGGACGUAUGACUAUGCCACCCCGACCCCGCUCUACAGCCACCCCACUCCGGGCUACUACUCGGCGCCCCUGGACACCCAAGGACCUCCAUCUGACGUCAGCCUUCAGUCGCUGGGCAGCGGGCCCACCAGUCCUCUCGUCUUUGUGCCCACCAGCCCCCGGCUCAGCCCCUUCAUGCACCCCCCCAGCCAUCACUACCUGGAAGCCACUUCAACUCCUGUCUACAGGUCCAGCGAGCUGGCCGGCCAGCAGCAGGCCACCAGGGAUGAGCAGUGCGGCACCAGCACGGAGUCUUACGUUGUGGGGGGGUCGGAGGCCGCCGCCGCUGGAGUGUUUGAAAUGGCCAAAGAGACGCGCUUCUGUGCCGUGUGCAGCGACUACGCCUCCGGCUACCACUAUGGGGUGUGGUCCUGUGAGGGAUGCAAGGCCUUCUUUAAGAGGAGCAUCCAAGGUAGCAACACUUUCAACAAAAUGAAUAUUCGCCACAAUGACUACGUGUGCCCUGCAACCAAUCAGUGCACUAUUGACAGGAAUCGAAGGAAGAGCUGCCAAGCGUGCCGACUAAGGAAGUGUUACGAAGUGGGCAUGAUGAAAGGAGGUGUACGCAAGGACCGCGGCCGUGUUUUACGCCGUGACAAGCGGCGCACCGGCACAGCUGAGAAGACCGCCAAGGAGGGGGAGCAUAGAAAAGUGUCCCCACAGGACGGGAGAAAACUGGGUAGCAGUGCUGGUGGGGGAAGAUCAUCAGUGACACACAUCCCUUCUGACCAGGUGCUACUCCUGUUGCAGGGGGCCGAACCGCCGAUAUUGUGUUGCCGGCAGAAGCAGAGCCGACCUUACACGGAGGUCACCAUGAUGACCCUGCUCACCAGCAUGGCUGACAAGGAGCUGGUCCACAUGAUCGCUUGGGCCAAGAAGCUUCCUGGUUUCCUGCAGCUGUCUCUGCACGACCAGGUGCAGCUGCUGGAGAGCUCCUGGUUGGAGGUGCUGAUGAUCGGCCUCAUCUGGAGGUCCAUCCACUGUCCCGGCAAGCUCAUCUUCGCUCAGGACCUCAUCUUGGACAGGGCCGAAGGAGAUUGUGUUGAAGGCAUGGCUGAGAUCUUUGACAUGCUGCUGGCCACUGCCUCGCGUUUCCGCAUGCUCAGACUCAAGCCUGAGGAGUUUGUCUGCCUCAAAGCAAUCGUCUUGCUCAACUCUGGCGCGUUUGCGUUCUGCACGGGUACGAUGGAGCCGCUCCACGACAGCGUGGCUGUGCAAGGCAUGCUGGACACUAUCACCGACGCCCUCAUACAUCACAUCAGCCAAUCAGGGUGCUCCGUGCAGCAGAAGGCCAGGCGCCAGGCCCAGCUGCUCCUCUUACUGUCUCACAUCAGGCACAUGAGUAACAAAGGCAUGGAGCACCUGUACAGCAUGAAGUGUAAGAACAAAGUGCCACUUUACGACUUGCUGCUGGAGAUGCUGGACGCUCACCGCCUGCACCGUCCGGUCGAAGUGCCUCCCGGUGGAAGCGGCAGCGAUGGCCCCUCUCUCAGUUCCGGAGGCAGUAGCCAAGAAAGCCUCAGCAGAGCCCCUCCAUGUCCAGGCGUCCUGCAAUUCGGAGGGUCCCGCUCCGACUGCGCUGACAUCUUAUGAGAUGGAGCUUAAACGGAACAAAAUAUCAGCAUGGAGUGGAGGUGAUUUCAUGAUUGAGAUGAUUUAUCCUUUUCUGUGGUUUGUUCCGGCACAAAUCAUCACUUUUGACAUCGCAAGUGCCAGCUUACAUCACAUUGUAGCCAACUGUGAGCUACUUUCAUUCCAAUUAAUGAGCAGCUAUUCUUAAUUUUCCCAUUCAACCAAAGUGCACUUCCUCUUUAAGGGGCUAUUGGGCAUUACUUUCAUCUUUUUGCAAAAUGUGAUUCAACGUGUAAUUUAUUUUAGAUUUCAACUGCCAGCUGAGAUCAAUAUGUCUGAUGUUGUGCUUUUGUCAUGUUUGGAAACAAU